ACGAAACUUCACAAGUUACACCCACUCCCUCUGCCAGAAGCCGAGGGAAGGCUGCUGCUUCCUCAUUUCUGUUACUGGAAGUUUGAGAGAUGUGAAGGCAGGAGAACAUGUGCGCCUCGCUGAGCCGUGGUAGAACUACUGAGCGCUGGGGCCCACCUUUCUAGACCCAAGAGGAGGAGAAGGACGAGGUGGGUUGGUUCUGAACCUCGCCUCUGACCUAGGGCGCGAGCAGCCCCUGCGGAUGGCACGUUUGGAGAUCUUGAGAAAGCCUUUUCUGUUUGGGAUGGGACUUCUGGCGCAUUCUCACAGACUCAGAUGAGAGGGUGAUAGUGACCCCAUGAGGCAGGUGCUAGCUGACUCCCAGCCCUCGUCACUGUUCAUCUUGACGCCAUCUCCAAUCUCAACAUCUAAAUGCCACAGUGCUCUUGGGGCAACUUGGGCUGGGGACCACUGUUGCCUUUUAAGACCUUAAAACCAUGGGAAACGCGGAGAGUCAAAAUGUCGAGCACGCAUUUUACGGGGAAAAGCAUGCCAGCCUGGGGCGCAAGCACACGUCGCGCUCUCUGCGCCUCUCGCACAAGACGCGGCGGACCCGGCACGUGUCCUCGGGGAAGGUGAGCCACCGGAGCUCCGAGGUGAGCACCCGCUCCAGCAGCACGCCUAGCAUCCCCCAGUCCCUGGCCGAGAAUGGCCUGGAGCCCUUCUCCCAGGAGGGCCCCCUGGAGGACUUCGGCAGCCCGAUUUGGGUGGACCGUGUGGAUAUGGGCCUGAGACCCGUGUCCUACACCGACUCCUCCAUCACCCCCAGCGUCGACAGCAGCAUCGUCCUCACGGCAGCCUCGGUGCAGAGCAUGCCGGACUCCGAGGAGAGCAGGUUGUACGGGGACGACGCUCCGUACUUGGCCGAGGGAGGCAGGAGGCAGCGUCCCUAUACGUCCAACGGGCCCACUUUCAUGGAGACGGCGAGCUUUAAGAAGAAGCGCUCCAAAUCUGCAGACAUCUGGCGGGAGGACAGCCUGGAAUUCUCACUCUCCGAUCUGAGCCAAGAACAUUUAACAAGCAACGAAGAAAUCUUGGGUUCCGCCGAGGAGAAAGACUGCGAGGAAGCCCGGGGGAUGGAAGCAGGGGCGAGUCCGCGGCCGCUCAGCACCUGUCAGCGUGCCAACUCCCUGGGUGACUUGUACGCUCAGAAGAACUCCGGGGUGACGGCAAACGGAGGGCCGAGGAGCAAAUUUGCAGGCUGUUGUCGGAAUUUGGUGUCGGAUAUUCCAGAUCUUGCAAACCAUAAGAUGCCACCAGCUGCUGCCGAAGAAACUCCUCCGUACAGUAAUUAUAACACGCUUCCCUGUAGGAAAUCUCACUGUCUUUCCGAAGGUGCCACCAACCCACAAAUUAGCCAUAGCAACAGCAUGCAAGGCAGAAGAGCAAAAACAACUCAGGAUGUUAACGCAGGCGAGGGCAGCGAGUUUGCAGACAGUGGGAUCGAAGGGGCCACCACCGACACGGACCUCCUCUCGCGGCGCUCCAAUGCCACCACCUCCAGCUACUCGCCCCCUGCCGGCCGGGCCUUCGUGGGCAGCGACAGCGGCAGCAGCUCCACCGGGGACGCCGCCCGCCAGGGGGUCUACGAGAACUUCCGGCGGGAGCUGGAGAUGAGCACCACCAACAGCGAAAGCCUGGAGGAGGCGGGCUCGGCGCACAGCGACGAGCGGAGCAGCGGCACGCUGAGCUCCCCCGGCCAGUCGGACAUCCUGCUCACCGCCGCGCAGGGCACGGUGCGCAAGGCCGGCGCCCUGGCCGUCAAGAACUUCCUGGUGCACAAGAAGAACAAAAAGGUGGAGUCGGCCACCCGCAGGAAGUGGAAGCACUACUGGGUGUCCCUGAAAGGGUGUACGCUGUUUUUCUACGAGAGCGAUGGCCGGUCUGGAAUAGAUCACAACAGCAUCCCUAAGCAUGCCGUCUGGGUGGAGAACAGCAUUGUGCAGGCUGUCCCCGAGCACCCCAAGAAGGACUUUGUCUUCUGCCUCAGCAAUUGCCUGGGUGAUGCCUUCCUCUUUCAGACCACCAGCCAGACGGAGCUUGAAAACUGGAUCACCGCAAUCCAUUCUGCUUGUGCAGCUGCCGUUGCGAGGCACCACCACAAAGAAGACACACUCCGCCUCCUGAAGUCAGAAAUCAAAAAACUGGAACAAAAGAUUGACAUGGAUGAAAAGAUGAAGAAAAUGGGUGAAAUGCAGUUGUCUUCAGUCACGGAUUCGAAGAAGAAGAAAACUAUAUUAGAUCAGAUCUUCGUUUGGGAACAAAAUCUUGAACAGUUCCAAAUGGACCUAUUUCGGUAUCGCUGUUAUUUAGCUAGUCUCCAAGGCGGGGAGCUGCCAAACCCCAAAAGGCUACUUGCUUUUGCCAGUCGACCAACAAAAGUGGCCAUGGGCCGCCUUGGAAUCUUUUCUGUGUCAUCUUUUCAUGCCCUGGUGGCAGCGCGCACUGGUGAAACUGGAGUGAGAAGACGUACUCAGGCCAUGUCCAGAUCUGCAAGUAAGCGAAGAAGCAGGUUUUCUUCUCUAUGGGGUCUGGACACUACCUCCAAAAAGAAGCAGGGACGCCCAAGCAUCAAUCAGGUGUUUGGUGAGGGAGCUGACUCCGUAAAGAAGUCUAUAGAGGGAAUAUUUGAUGACACUGUUCCAGAUGGCAAGAGGGAAAAGGAAGUGAUCUUACCUAGCAUCCACCAGCACAAUCCUGACUGCGACAUUUGGGUCCAUGAAUAUUUCACUCCAUCCUGGUUCUGUCUGCCAAAUAAUCAGCCAGCCCUGACCGUCGUCCGGCCGGGGGACACGGCUCGGGACACCCUGGAGGUGAUCUGCAAGACACAUCAACUGGAUCAUUCUGCUCAUUACCUGCGUCUGAAAUUCCUAAUAGAAAACAAAAUGCACCACUACGUUCCAAAGCCCGAGGAGGACAUUUACGAGCUGCUGUACAAAGAAAUAGAAAUCUGUCCAAAAGUCACACAGAGCAUCCAGAUUGAGAAGUCAGAUACAGCCGCAGAUAAUUAUGGUUUUUCACUUUCUUCUGUGGAAGAAGAUGGUGUUCGAAGGCUCUAUGUGAAUAGUGUGAAGGAAACUGGUUUAGCUUCCAAGAAAGGCUUGAAAGCGGGGGAUGAGAUUCUUGAGAUCAAUAACCGUACUGCUGGCACCCUGAAUUCAUCUGUGCUCAAAGAUUUCCUCAGUCAGCCGUCCCUGGGCCUCCUGGUGAGGACCUACCCCCAGCUGGAGGGAGGAGUGGAGCUGCUGGAGAGCCCGCCCCACCGCGUGGACGGCCUGACGGACCUCGGCGACAGCCCGCUCACCUUUCUCACCAGCAACCCAGGUCACAGCCUCUGCAGCGAGCAGAGCAGUAGUGCCGAGACUGCUCCAGAGGAGGCCGAAGGACUGGACUUGGAGUCCUCCGAUGAGGCUGACCACAGCAGCAAGAGCACAGAGCAGGUGGCCGCAUUUUGCCGCAGUCUGCACGAGAUGAACACGACUGACUCGAGCCCGUCUCCCCAGGACGCCACGGGGCCCCAGCUGGCAACCAUGAGACAGCUCACGGACGCCGAUAAGCUGCGCAAGGUGAUCUGUGAGCUCCUGGAGACAGAGCGAACCUACGUGAAAGACUUAAACUGUCUCAUGGAGAGAUACCUGAAACCCCUUCAAAAAGAAACUUUUCUCACCCAAGAUGAGCUUGAUGUGCUCUUUGGAAAUUUAACCGAAAUGGUAGAGUUUCAAGUAGAAUUCCUUAAAACUCUAGAAGAUGGGGUGAGACUGGUACCUGAUUUGGAAAAGCUGGAGAGAGUCGAUCAAUUUAAGAAAGUGCUCUUCUCUCUGGGGGGAUCCUUUCUGUAUUACGCUGACCGCUUCAAGCUGUACAGUGCCUUCUGCGCCAGCCACACAAAAGUCCCCAAGGUCCUGGUGAAAGCCAGGACAGACACGGCUUUCAAGGCGUUCUUGGAUGCCCAGAACCCGAAGCAGCAGCACUCAUCCACCCUCGAGUCUUACCUCAUCAAGCCCAUCCAGAGGAUCCUUAAGUACCCACUUCUGUUGAAGGAGCUCUUCGCCCUAACAGAUGCAGAGAGUGAGGAGCACUACCACCUGGACGUGGCCAUCAAGACUAUGAACAAGGUUGCCAGUCAUAUCAAUGAAAUGCAGAAAAUCCAUGAAGAGUUUGGCGCUGUGUUUGACCAGCUGAUUGCUGAACAGACUGGGGAGAAAAAAGAGGUCGCAGAUCUGAGUAUGGGGGACCUCCUUCUGCACACCACCGUGAUCUGGCUGAACCCACCGGCCUCACUGGGGAAGUGGAAAAAGGAGCCGGAGCUGGCAGCAUUUGUCUUCAAAACUGCUGUGGUCCUUGUGUAUAAAGAUGGUUCCAAGCAGAAGAAGAAGCUUGUAGGAUCUCACAGGCUUUCCAUUUACGAGGACUGGGACCCCUUCCGAUUUCGGCACAUGAUCCCGACGGAAGCUCUGCAGGUUCGAGCUUUGGCUAGUGCAGAUGCAGAAGCCAAUGCUGUGUGUGAAAUUGUGCAUGUUAAAUCGGAAUCUGAAGGGAGGCCGGAGAGAGUGUUCCACCUGUGCUGCAGCUCCCCAGAGAGUCGAAAGGAUUUCCUGAAGGCCGUGCACUCGAUCCUGCGUGAUAAGCACAGAAGACAGCUCCUCAAAACAGAGAGCCUUCCCUCGUCCCAGCAAUAUGUCCCUUUUGGAGGAAAAAGAUUAUGCGCAUUGAAAGGGGCCCGGCCAGCCAUGAGCAGGGCAGUGUCCGCCCCCAGCAAGUCUCUUGGGAGGAGGAGGCGGCGGCUGGUUCGAAACAGGUUUACCAUCGAUUCCGAUGCCGUCUCGGCAAGCAGCCCGGAGAAGGAGCCCCAGCAGCCCCCCGUUGGCGGGGACACUGACCGCUGGGUAGAGGAGCAGUUUGAUCUUGCUCAGUAUGAGGAGCAGGAGGACAUCAAGGAGACAGACAUCCUCAGUGACGAUGACGAGUUCUGUGAGGCCACGAAGGGGGCCUCGGCGGACGCGGACCUGCAGGAGCGGCUUCAGGCCGCCUCCAUCAGCCAGCGGGAGGGGGGCCGGAAGCCCGCGCAGAGCCACGCCUCCCGCAUGGCGCAGCUCAAGAAGCAGGCCGCCCUAUCGGGCAUCAACGGAGGCCCGGAGAGGACAAGCGAGGAGGUCAUUUGGGUUAGGCGCGAAGACUUUGGCCCCUCCCGGAAACUGAACACUGAGAUAUGACCUGAGCGCGUGUGGAUGACUCCGCCCCGCCCUCGCUGUUCCCACGCUCCUGGUGCGCCGAGGAGACUGUUCCCUGUGUCUCUUGCACACACCGUUCGGGCAGCUGACUUUGUUCCGAAGCCAUGUAGUCACCCAACUUCGUCAUUUUUACCGCCACCACCAGAAAGAGUUCUGAAUUCUAGAUAAGCUUGAGUCCUAUCUUCUGUAUAUUGCUAAGGGCUUUUAUUUAUUCUCAAUCAGGGCCUGCAGAAUGAAAAGAGAAAACAGAAUUCGCUAGCGCUGGAAAGCAAAUAACCCCAGGAGUUUAAGGAUGCAGGGCAGAUUAGUUUAGGGAAUAGCACACACACAAAAAAUUAGAAUUAAAAAUGAUCGCUCUGUCUGAAAUAGAUGCGAGUCUCCUCGUAGAUGGGGAAACUGCCUUCAAACACAAAAUGAGACAAAACUGUACAGCUUGCUGUGUUCUUACCCUUUUCCCUCAUAAGUGUCUGAGAGUAUCUGUGUAUUUUAGGAAUGUGUGAGGAGAGGGUGGAAGGUUAUGUUUUGAUGAGCCUUUUUUUUUUUUUUUUUUUCCCCUCUUUCCGUUUUGGUCUAUGGCUGGUCUUAACUUGAUGUCGGUGUUCGGAAGCUCUAGUUUUGCAUAGAGUUAUAAAGAUGCCAAACUCUUGAAAAAGAGAUCCAAAUUUAUCACUUGAAAAAAAGAGAAACAAACGCUAUUUUUUGUAUUUUUACCUGAGAUGCAGGGCACAAACAGAGGAGAAUUUUACAGUGUUAGUGUAACUCUGAGUCUGAAAAAUGAGGAUAUAACCUUUUACAGAGAGAGUGAGGCAUUGGUGAUUUUAUAUUUAUAUAUGAAAGGCUAAAAAGAAGCUUUUGCUUAGGAUGAACUUUUUUUCCAAAAGCAGAUUUUUUUUUUUUUUUUUUUUUAAUUUUAGUGUUUGAAUCUAUCUUCGAGAUGGGAGUUUGGUUGGAUUAAACAGGACACUGAAUGGGCAAGGUGUGUGUCUGUUGCACCUGGCAGGGGAGGUCUGGAGCCUCCUUCUCGUUGGGGUUGCCAUGGCGAUCAUGUUUUCCCAUCAAAACUGCAACUUCAUCCAUAGAUUACCUACCCCUUCCUUGACAGUACAUGACCAAACCUCUUAACAAAACAACCUCUUCAAAACCAUCUCUUACGUUUAACACUUUCUUCAUGCCAACAAAACAGGGUAAACAUGCUAAAAAUCUAACAUUCUAAAGAGAUUUCCAAAUAAGAAGAACAAAAACAAGUUCUAGCACUUUCCUUUUUUUUUUUUUUUAAGGUUUAUAGCUUUCUCUUUUUUUUUUUUUCCCCAUUUCACAAUGUCCACUUCCUAAGGAGGGUUUAAAUAAUAUGAAAACUUUCUUUUUGGGGAAAAUAUCUAUUUGGUGUUUGACACAUCAGUAGGUACUUUAAAGACCUGAAUUUUAUAGUAGCUUUAGGAAUUAUAUUUUAUAAAAAUCAGUUAUGACUUUAUAUUUCCAGAUAAUAGAGAGUUCAGAACAUCAUGCUCCUAUGCCCCUGCUUGCUUUACCUGCUUUCCCACCUUUUAUCCCUCCCCUUUCGGGUUUCCAGGGCUUUGAGCUUGAUCUUUUGACAGUUUUAUUCUAUUAAAUUUUUGCUAUAUCUUCUGGUUUUCUUAAAAGCUUUAGAAUGGUUUCUGUACCCUUUGUGUCACUGCAUUGUUCCAUAUCAUCUCCGGUUCGAUUGCUUCCGGAUGGGUAUUGAAGCAGAGGCUUCUGACAGUCACAUCUACUCGUCCCAGUGCAACGGGGUCCGUGUGAAAAUACUGCAAAGUCUGGUGCUUGGUGAGGGUGCCAUUGUCUCUUGUACAUAAGGUCAUGACGUGUCUAUGUCAAAAGUUCUUAUAUAUUUCUUUUAUAAGCUGAAAGAAGGUCUAUUUUUAUGUUUUUAGGUCUAUGAAUGGAACGUUGUAAAUGCCUGUCAAACAAUAAAAUAUUGAAACGUG